ACAACAUGAAGUUCCUCAUCGUCUUCGUCGCCCUCUUCGCCAUGGCCGUGGCCCGCCCCAACGAGGCCAAUAUCCUGAAGCAGGACUCCGACGUGCAGCCCGACAAGUGGAGCUCCGUCCUGGAGACCAGCGACGGCACCAAGAUCGACCAGCAGGGUGCCCUGAAGGACGUUGGCACUGAGCACGAGGCCGCCGUUGUCCACGGAUCCUACUCCUGGGUGGAUGAGAAGACCGGCGAGAAGUUCACCGUGACCUACGUCGCCGAUGAGAACGGAUUCCAGCCCCAGGGCGCCCAUCUUCCCGUGGCCCCAGCUGCCUAA